GGUCUCGGCGCAGACCCGGAUGUUGUUGCCAGCCUUGCUUCCGGGAGCGACUUAAAUGAGUGUGGGGGCUGCGUUGAUGACUUCGGUCUCGGUGACGGCGACGGGGACGAGUUCCUGAAGGCGCCGAAGAGGUGAGAGUGAAAGAAGGAAACCACCAUGUCUGCUGCUGGUGAUGCUCCAGGUCUGAAUGUACAUUCCCGUCCAGCUGAAGUGCAGGCACAGGAUUCUGAACUCAACUCUAAGGAACCUGUAAUGGCAGAAACACCUGCUGGGGAUUUUGCAGCUGAAAUUCCAGUCACGAGUAACGGAGAAGAUGUGAAGCAAAUGAUGACUGGUGGCCCUACCCUAAAAGAAACCAGAAUUGUUUCCAGUAGCUAUGGUAAUCCUUCUGAAGGAAUCAUUGAAGCUGAAGCAUAUAGAGGUGCUUCUUUCUUUCCAAAGAGUCCAAUAUUGUUUCCUAGCAAUGCAGCUGCCAGCAGAUUGGCUGAACAAGCACAGGAUAUUUCUGGUCCCGCAGGUGGUCUGAAAAACAGACAGAGUGGUCCAGUUGUCAUUUCAGAUGAAAUAUCCAAAAAUAUUGCUCUAGAAAAGCUUGAACAGAUGAAAAAAUGGAGCAUAAGCACCUACAAGUGCACAAGACAAGUCCUAUCUGAAAGGUUGGGACGUGGCUCAAAGACUGUGGAUCUGGAACUUGAGUCACAGAUCGAAAUACUCAGAGACACGAAGAAACGGUAUGAAAAUCUCCUGCGACUAGCUCGGCAGAUGUCAGCACAAUUUUACCAAGUGGUGCAGACACAGCGACAACUUGGAGAUGCUUUUGGAGAACUUAGUGUGAAAUCACCUGAACUUCAUAUGCUGCCUGGCCUGCUGGGUUCCUCCAGCAUUUUGUGUGUGUUGCUUGGAUUUCCAGCAUUUGCAGAUUUUCUCUCUGGCUUUGCAGGAUCAUUGGUGGAAGAGUUCGGAUAUAAUGCUGAAACUCAGAAAUUGCUAUGUAAAAAUGGGGAGACACUUCUUGGAGCAAUUAACUUUUUCAUUGCCAGUGUGAAUACAUUGGUGAACAAAACAAUUGAAGACACAUUAAUUGCAGUAAAACAGUAUGAAAAUGCCAGGAUAGAGUACGAUGCGUAUCGAACUGAUUUGGAGGAAUUGAACCUUGGUCCUCGCGAUGCAGUUACGAUUCCAAAAAUUGAACACUCCCAGCAACAAUUCCAGAUUCACAAAGAGAAGUUUGACAAACUCAGAACGAGUGUGUCCAUCAAACUGAAAUUUCUGGAUGAAAACAAGAUUAAAGUCAUGCACAACCAGCUCCUUCUGUUUCACAACUCUGUGUCAGCCUACUUUGCUGGCAACCAGCAUCAACUUGAACAGGUGCUCAAACAAUUCCACAUCAAGUUGAAGGCUCCUGGUUCAGAUGGACCUUCCUGGCUAGAGGAACAGUAAUGUCUCAAAACUCAGAAAUAAUUGAUGCGGUUAUGAAAUGUUUGAAUUCUUUUUCAUUUAAUGCGGAGUGAGGCAGUCAGUACCCCAGAUUGUGGUCAAUGAUAUAGCUGUUUCUCACUUUUUGCUAUACAUUAAUCUGAAAUAUUAGAUUGAAUAUGAUAAUUUUAUGCAACUAAAUAAACUUUAUAAAACCAAGACCUAAGAAAAAAUAUUCCUUUUUGUUACAGGGGUUAGAGGGGAAUAGUUAGUCUAAACCUACAUUCAGGUUUAUACUGAAGAGUAACUGUAGAUCUGUUUGGUGCUUUUAGGGUCACUACAAUGUAAUUGUUUGAGAAUAAGAUUCAGAGGCAUUUUAUAUACAUCCUUUCACAAAAAAGGCACCUGAGUUCACAAAGCAAGUGAACUGUUAAGCAAAAUAUAAUGUCUUUACAGAGCAAUGAGAUAAAUGGUAUUAGAAAGAAGCACCUGUGCUGAAUGAAAUAGCUGGUUUAGCACUCGAAAUUGUAACCAGUACCAUACUUCCAAUAGACUUUAUUCAGUUAACUGUGUUAAAUGCGAAUCCUUGUAACAGAGUCAGGGAGAGAGAAAUGUAACUUGUAUUACAAAUGCAUCAAAUGGUGACAUAAUAGUAUUUGGAAAUGUUUGUGAAAAUUAUAUCUUGUUCCCAUUAACUUUGUUUUCAAUUGACGUCAUUGCUAUUUUCAAAAGGGUGUAACUCUAAUUAAGCCACGACUGGCCUUAUGUCUACUAUUGUGUGCCUUGAACAAUGUAUUUUCUGUUCUGUCACAUUCCUGAAGUUUGUGAAAUAUUUUUCUGUUCCCUAUAUCUUACCACUUCCAAGGGAACUGGGGGAAUGGGCAGGAGGGAAGAGAGAGAAAAAAAAUUGCAUUAUUAAUCCCUUGUGAUUCCACUAGCUACAUUUGAUUUUUGUCUUAAUUUGCUCCUGCUCAUGUGUUAAUUCAGUUUCUUUCAUACUAUGUAAACGCUCUUUGACAUUGAUGCUCCCUACAUGUAAUAUUUGGAUUGCCAUUCUGUAAAGCUUUGUGGCAAUGCCAUCUACAUUCUGUAUGCUUAAUAUUUAACAUUAAAUUAACCUCCUAUUUUAAUGUAAAACAAUUGCUUUGUUUAAUACUUUUUGUCAAUCACUGUUUUGCUGUUAAAGUUGAUAUCCAGAUUGUGCCUCAUUAUUAUAAAUAUUCUAUGUACAAAUUAAAAGGUUCUUGCUGCAAGCCAGGUUUCUGAAUGCUAUACUUUAAAAAUACUAAAACAGGACCAUAGUGCUAAAUGGAAUUGAAUGUGCA